UCAAUUCCUCGUUGCGGUUCGCGGGUCCUGGAAGCAGGAAUCAUCAAGACGCUCCGCGCGCCAUUACAGUCUGACAGCGACCCCACAGGCUCGUCCUCCGUAAGUCCGUCCUCCUGUCGCUGUCCCGCUCAUGAACCGGGCAACAACUACGGAGCGAGCGGACGAGGAGAUGCUGUUUCGAUUUUCCACUUCCUCUUCCUCUACCUCUACCUCGGGGUAACUUGUAGAACUCAAUUUCACCCUUGCGUUCCGUCCCUUUCCUAUGUUCCUCCAGCGGUCCAGCCUAGUAGUUUCUUGCUCUGCAAUUCGCCAGUUUUGGGCUCCUGAUCGAUCGAAUCGUCGUCCUGGUGGCUCCCAUACAGCCGGACCGCAUGGCUGGGCAGCGCUGGGUCGGUAAAGUGGCGGCUGCUGCUGUUGUGGCGCUCUUGCUCCUGUCGACCGCUCUUCCCGGAGGAGCACGGAGAGAACCCGAUGUCAACAACAAUGGACGGAGUUUUGUUUUUAACUAUACUCUGACCAAAGCUGUUGUGGAAUAUGCUGCAGCUGUAUAUAUGACAGAUCUGACGGCUCUAUACACAUGGACAUGCUCAAGAUGCAAUGACUUGACUCGAGGCUUUGAGAUGACUUGUAUAAUUGUUGAUGUCCAGAAUUGCUUGCAGGCAUUCGUCGGUGUUGAUCACAAUCUCAAUGCUAUCAUUGUUUCCAUCAGGGGGACUCAAGAGAACAGCAUACAGAAUUGGAUUAAGGACCUGAUAUGGAAGCAGGUUAAACUUAAUUAUCCAAACAUGCCCAAUGCUAAGGUCCACAUUGGGUUUUACUCUUCUUACAAUAAUACAGUUUUACGUCCAGCCAUCACGAAUGCUGUUCGCAAGGCAAGGAAGCUACAUGGACACAGUGACGUAAUUGUAACAGGGCAUUCGAUGGGUGGAGCACUAGCUUCUUUUUGUGCCCUUGAUCUUGCAAUGAGCUUUGGAAGUAACAAUGUUCAUCUGAUGACUUUUGGGCAACCACGCGUUGGCAAUGCUGCAUUUGCCUCCUACUUUGCCCAGUAUGUGCCAUACACAGUCCGAAUGACACAUGAACGUGAUAUUGUACCUCAUCUGCCGCCUUAUUUCUUCUUCCUCCCAAAACUGACAUACAAGCACUUCCCCAGAGAGUUGAACCCGAUGGCUAUUUGCUUGGCGGCAUGUGGAUUUGAGUGCACCGAUUGCUUCCGAAAUGAUACGAGCAUCCUCAUAGUGUGGGAACAUGAAGUCGAUGGCAACACAACCUAUCAAGUCUGUGAUGGCAGCGGUGAAGACCCAAACUGUUGCAGGAGUGUGUUUGCGCUGUUCUGGAGCGCUUCUGACCAUUUGACCUACAUGGGAGUUGAGAUAGCGGCCGACGACUGGAGCACCUGCAGGAUCGUCCUUGGGCGAGGCGUCGAGCAGCUCAAAGGGAGUCUUCCCAACAACAUUGUUACGUCCGGACGCUCCGUCGACGUUGUCAUCGCAGACGAUGAUACACUUCAGAUUGAUUGACGCAGUUCAGGGUAGUCGUUGGUAGUCAUGCAUAUAGCUAGAAGAUAAGCUGUUGGCUGUUGGUGCAUGCUUCAGAGCAAAUCAAAGGGCUUUCUUCCUUUAAUCCUUUUUUUUUGCUUCGUGUGGUUCUUUCAGCCAUAUGUACUAUGCAGCUUGUGAAUGUAAAGCUGUACGGAAGGUGACAUGUUUCUAGCUUCGUAUAUAGUUGGAGCUCAAUACAGCCAACCUGGUACUCA